AUGGUUUCUGCCCUAAUCAAGACCAUAUCAUCCUACAUUGAAAAGAUUUGCAAAGGAAUGUUUACAAAGAAAUUGGCAAACCCAAUAAAGAAGAAAGAGAGAAGCCAAAAUAAAGAGCCUAAAUCGGCCGCUGAUUUGCAAGCACACAAUCUAACUCAAUCUAAGAUUUCCAAAUGCUCUUCGGCACGUAACAUAUCGCUUGAAGACGACGACGGAAAGAACGACUGCUCAUCCUUGUCACCCACUUUCAGUUAUCGUGUAGCUAUAGCAAAUGGACUCCCAAAAAGCUCUCCUUUUUUGAAUAAUAAUGAAAGCAUCUUUCCUGAGGUUCUUUCGAUUGAUAGUAGUUACCCUGACUCUUUGAGUGAAACAAAACCUGUCCGGAGACUGGAUGAGCAUAAAUCACACACAAUGCCAGUAAGACGAAACAGGAAGAGCCUCAUCAGUUUGGCUCCCUCUGAUGGAAGUUCUGAGGGGGAAAGAGUGGAACGCUCCAGUCUACACACACUUAGGCUGGGUGCUCUACGCAAAUUAAGAAAAUGGAAAAAGAGUCAGGAAUGUGUCUCCUCAGACUCCGAGGUGAGCAAUUGGAGGAAAACCCUGGGCAUUCGGAGCAAGUCUUUGGACCGUGCUGGACGGCAGCAAAAGAGUUCAACCCUGGAGCCUGGCUCCUCCUCCACAGGUUGCAUCAGUCAAACACAGGAUGUCAUGGAGAUGAUUUUUAAGGAGCUUCAAGGAAUCAGUCAGAUAGAGACAGAACUGUCUGAGCUGCGUGGCCAUGUCAAUGCUCUUAAAAGCUCAAUUGAUGAGAUUUCCAGUAGUGUUGAAGUCGUUCAGAGUGAGAUUGAGCAGCUUCGCUCAGGAUUUGUCCAGUCUAGAAGAGAGACACGUGAUAUCCAUGACUACAUUAAACAAGUUAGCCACCAGGCCAAUAAUUCAACCUUGCGGUUUAUCAAUGUUCCUGAAGAAAAGCACGAGAAAACAGAGAGUCUGAUAUAUAAAUUACUAAAAGACAAAAUGGGUUUCAUUGAUCCCCACAAAACAAUAAAAAUUGAACUUGCUCAUAGGCUAGGGCAACAGAGAGAAUGUUCAAAUGCGAAACCCCGCCCUAUUAUCGUAAUUUUUGCGACAACACAAGAUAGGGAUAUAGUCUUGAAAAAAUGCUACAAACUUAAAGGAACAGGCAUUACAGUCUCUACUGAUAGCUUAACUCAUGAUGGAAAAGAGAGAAAAGACAAAGCAUUGCCCUCCUCACAAACCUACGAGAGCAUGGAUCUGAAGGCCUCUGGAAAGGAUAAAGAGAGUGAUGAUUGGGACUCAAUGGACAGUGAUAAAGAAUUGGAGGAAUUAAGCAGAAAUAAAUAUGCAAUGGUGAUUUCAAAGCCUGUUCACAAGAGUAAAUCAGAGAAGAGGCGAACCCAUGACCAUAGCAGGUCAGAAGAAGAAGCAGGCUUCUCAGGAGCAGCUCAUUAUGCUGAUGAAUCUUACUAUGACCCAGACAAGCAUGCCAAGGCUUAUUACUCUGAUCUGACCCCUGGUUGGCUUUCUCAGAGUGAGUAUUCCACCCCUAAACUCAGCCGCUCUGAGUCUGACUGCUCCAAACUUUGCCAGUCUUACUCAGAAGACUUUUCAGAGAGCCAGUACUUUACACGGGUCAAUGGCUGCUCCUUGCUGUCCUCCUCAGAUCAGGAACUGUGGCAGAGAAAACAAGAAGACAUGUCUACCUCCUGGUAUGCCGGCCCUAGUGUCCCACUCAGCCACGAAAAUCCAACCUAUGAACACAAUGAGGUUGAGACAACAGAAACUAUUGACAGUGGGGUGAGCAAUGGACUUGUCUGCAUGUCUGGGGACAGAAGCCACUAUAGUGGCUCCCAGGUUUCUCUGCAAGGUGAUCUAUCACCGUGGAAAGACUGGCAUCAUCUGGAACAAGGUGCAGACUCUGGCUUGGAAGCCUCGAUAGAGGUCAGUAGUCCCUUUGACCCAUCAACCAUCCCUGGUUUUCCAGAGAACAUCACUAAAUGUCAGGAGGUUGAUUUGCAAUUUGAGGGAGAUGAAGAAUUCAUGAUGUUUGACAGAGAACCUUCUCUUCCACCAAUAACCACGCACAUCAUUCCUCACAUGACAGAGCGGGAGUCUGUCAAGACAUCUGCUCGCCAGUCUAAAGAAGGAUGUAAGGCGAUGACAAAAGAAACCACAAAAGUACCAUCUAAAGAUGCCCCUAAAGCUGCUGCUAAAGUGACACAUAAACAAACUAAAUUGGCUACUAAAGAAGAAAGCACCAAAAUAUUGCCAAAGGAGAGUUGUAACAAGGUAACUGCAAAGGCUAUGCCUAAAGUGACCUCUAAAGCAGCACCUAAAGAGUUACCUAGAGAGAUUCAGAAAUCCGUAGCUAAAGAAGCCACUCAAGCUCCCCCUAAAGACAGUUCUAAACAGACACCUAAAAAUGCCACAAAGCCCACUGUUAAAGAAUUAUCUAAAGUGACAUCUAAGGCAGCUUCUGGUGAGGUUGCUAAAGUAGCUCCAAAAGUGGCCCCAAAAGAUAGCCCCAUAAUGACUCCUAAAGUAAGUCCUAAAGAGUCCCCCAAAGAGAGCCCGAAAAUAACCCCAAUUAUGAGUCCUAUUUCAACCCCUAAAGAUUCCCCUAAAGAUUCCCCAAAAGAUUCCCCUAAAGUCAUUGCUAAAGAGUUCCCACAAGUUGCAUCUAAAGAAGGUCUGACAGCUGCUGCUAAAGAGGUUACCAAAGAAGCUGCAAAACUACCCACAAAAGAGGCACCAAAAGAGAUGACAAAAGUCGCAUCUAAGGAGAUUGGUAAAGUACCCACAAAAGAAGUUUCACAAAUUCCAUCUAAAGAAGCCCCUAAAGAAGCCCCUAAAGAAGCCCCUAAAGUAGCCCCGAAAGAAGCCCAGAAAGAGAGUUCUAAAGUUCCCCCAAAAGACACCCCAACAGAAGCCCCUAAAGUAACAUCCAAGAUAGCCUCUAAAGAAGCCCCCAAGGUAAAUUCCCAAACACUUCCCAGAGACAAAUUCCCUGAAUUGGAUGUGAAUCAUAGCUUUCACCAGACCCAGAAUAAGACCUCAAGUAUGUACCGCAGCCAGAGUGAGAUUAGAACUGAGAAGGUUGAGGAGGUUCCAAAGUCUUGGAGCAGUAGGCUCAGUAUAGAUCUUAGUGAGAAGUCCUUUGGUUUUGGCUUUGGCUCUUCACUGCAGAGGGCCAAGUCAGCUCUGGAAGUUGUUUGGAAGACAGGUGCUCAGGCUACCCCUACUCCUCCAGAGGAGCCCACCAACCCCCCUUCAUCAUUUAUGGGACGUUUCCGCACCCUGUCCACCUCCAAUGCAGCCAGCUCCACAGUAGACUCAGAUGCAUGCACUGAACCUGUUUCCUGCAAAGCAGAGGAUGAGAAAACAGGUGAAGAACCUAAAGCUGGUGAACAACCAGUAGACAAUGAGACUCACUAUGUUGAGGUGAUGGAGCAGGUACUAGCAAACUUGGAGAACAGAACUAAUGCAAAUGAGACAGAGGAGGAAGAAGAACCAACAGAGGAGUAUGAGACCUCUCAGGACAAUGAUGUGUUUGACGACAUUGAGGAAUCUCAAGAUAAUGUCUGUCAGGAUUUUGAGGCAUCACAAGAUUUUGAAGCUACAGAGGACUUCGAGGAAGGUAAAGAGGCAUGUGUUCUGGACUAUGAUUGCACUUUGGAUGGGCAGUAUAACGAAGAGUACAAUGAGGAUUAUGAAACACCAUUCACUGAGGACACUGCUGAAUAUGAUGCAAUGGUGGAGUAUGUUGAUGUAGAGGAGCCGGAUGAGACUGAGGACAAUGAUUUGACAGAGGAGAUGGACGAGGCUGAUGAAGAGUUAGAGGAGCUAGAUGAAAUAAUUGAGGAGGCCACUGAGGUGUCUGAAAAAGUGGAGCAACAAACGGAGGAUGAAAACAAAAAUGUUGCCGACGAGAAGCCUGCAGAGGCCCCACCCAAGAAGCGUCUUCGACCCACAUUCAAGGAAGCAGCACUCAGGGCCUACAGAAAGCAGAUGUCGGAACUGGAGCAGCAGAUCCUGGCCGGGGACGCCAGUGCUUUGGAUUCUCAGCCUCGCAGUCUUUUGGAUCCCAAAGUGCUCGGCUUGCAGACUGAUGGGGCUGGCAGUAUUCUUUAUGGUAUUGACAGCAUGCCUGAUUUACGCCGCAAGAGGAUAGUGCCGCUUGUCCGAGACCUGGCUUUGACCCUCACUGCUCGAAAGGCAGGCAUCUCGUUCGCUCUGGUGAACCGGUCCACCCUGAAUAAUGAGGACCUGAAACAACAUGUCUUCAAGAAGACUCUCCAGGCUCUGAUCUACCCAAUUUCAUCCACAACACCCCAUAACUUUGAGGUGUGGACGGCGACUGCACCCACCUACUGCCAUGAGUGUGAGGGACUGCUGUGGGGCAUCGCCCGUCAGGGCAUGCGCUGCUCGGAGUGCGGCGUUAAAUGUCACGAGAAGUGCCAGGACCUGCUCAAUGCAGAUUGUUUACAAAGGGCUGUGGAGAAGAGCUCCAAGCAUGGGGCGGAAGACAAGACCCACAAUAUCAUCAUGGCUAUGAAGGAGCGCAUGAAGAUAAGGGAGAAGAACCGUCCUGAAGUGUUUGAGGUGAUCCAGGAGAUGUUCCAAGUCUCCAAAGAGGAGGUCAUCAGCCACCUGAAGACGGCCAAGCAGGCUGUGCUUGACGGGACCUCCAAGUGGUCUGCCAAAAUCAGCAUCACAGUCAUGAGUGCACAGGGCUUACAGGCCAAGGAUAAAACCGGCUCCAGCGACCCGUACGUCACCGUCCAGGUGGGCAAGACCAAGCGCAGGACAAAGACCAUCUUUGGCAACCUCAAUCCAGUGUGGGAUGAGAAGUUCUUCUUCGAAUGUCACAACGCCACUGACCGCAUCAAGGUGCGUGUGUGGGACGAAGACGAUGACAUCAAAUCACGGGUGAAGCAGCACUUUAAGCGCGAGUCAGAUGAUUUUCUGGGCCAGACCAUCAUCGAGGUUCGCACUCUCAGUGGAGAGAUGGAUGUUUGGUACAAUCUCGAUAAGAGGACAGACAAGUCUGCUGUAUCUGGGGCCAUCCGACUCAAGAUCAGUGUGGAGAUGAAGGGGGAGGAGAACGUGGUUCCUCCUCACGGCCAGUACACCUGUUUACAUGAGAACCUGUUCCACUACCUGACUGAGAUGAAGAACAACGGGGUGGUGAAGAUCCCGCAGGUGAAAGGGGAAGAGGCGUGGAAGGUCUACUUUGACGACGUGUCUCAGGAGAUAGUGGAUGAGUUCGCCAUGAGAUACGGAGUGGAAUCCAUCUAUCAGGCUAUGACGCAUUUCUCAUGCCUGUCCGGCAAGUACAUGUGUCCGGGUGUGCCAGCAGUCAUGAGCAACCUGCUCGCUAAUAUCAAUGCCUACUUCGCCCACACCACCACCACCACCACAACCACAGCCUCUGCUUCUGACAGAUUCGCCGCCUCUAACUUUGGAAGGGAGAAAUUUGUCAAACUACUGGAUCAGCUGCAUAACUCUCUGAGGAUCGAUCUCUCCAAGUAUCGGGAUAAUUUCCCUGCAGGAAACGCAGAGCGACUCCAAGAUCUGAAGUCUACUGUCGAUCUGCUAACCAGCAUCACCUUCUUCAGGAUGAAGGUACAAGAGCUCCAGAGUCCACCGAGAGCCAGUAUGGUGGUGAAGGACUGCGUGAAAGCAUGCCUGGACUCGACAUACAAAUACAUUUUUGAUAACUGCCAUGAACUUUACAAUCAACUCCUCGACCAGAGCCGGAAGCAAGAUAUUCCCCGAGAGGAGCAGGGUCCAUCGAUAAAGAACCUGGACUUCUGGCCAAAACUCAUCACUCUCAUGGUGUCUGUUAUCGACGAGGACCGGACGGCCUACACCCCAGUCGUAAACCAGUUUCCACAGGAGAUGAGCGUGGGCAAGAUCAGCGCCGAGAUGACGUGGACCCUCUUCGCCCAGGAUAUGAAGUAUGCAAUGGAAGAGCAUGAUAAGCACCGCCUAUGCAAAAGUACGGAAUAUAUGAAUCUUCACUUCAAAGUCAAAUGGUUCCAUAAUGAGUACGUCCGUGAACUGCCGGCUUUCAAGGGUGUUCCUCCGGAGUAUUCUCUGUGGUUCGAGCCAUUUGUCAUUCAGUGGCUUGCUGAGAACGAGGAUGUCGCCAUGGAUUUCUUAAACGGAGCACUGGAGAGGGACAAGAAAGACGGAUUCCAGCAAACCUCAGACCACGCCCUCUUUUCUUGUUCGGUGGUGGACGUGUUUACUCAACUAAACCAGAGUUUUGAGAUUAUCAAGAAGUUGGAGUGUCCGAACCCACAGGCUCUGGCUCACUUCAUGUGCCGCUUUGCAAAGACUAUCAACAAAGUUCUCCUGCAGUAUGCUGCAAUCAUAUCCAAGGACUUUCCAUUACAUCUGAGUAAGGAGAAUGUGCCAUGCAUCCUCCUCAACAACAUCCAGCAGCUCCGUGUCCAACUGGAGAAGAUGUUUGAGUCCAUGGGAGGAAAACAGCUGGACGCAGAGGCCAGUGGUCUGCUAAAGGAGCUGCAGAAUAGACUCAACACGGUGCUGGAUGAGCUCAGCGGAGUGUUCGGCUCCAGUUUCAAACCUGUGAUCGAGGACUGUGUGAAGCAGAUGAACCAGGAGCUGGUGCAGAUGAAAGGGCCGGCCAAAGGGAGCAACGCUGCCAUGGAUGCAGAGUCAGUCCUCCGGCCUCUCAUGGACCUUCUGGAUAAAAAUCUGAUGUUAUUCGCCAAGAUUUGUGAGAAGACAGUGCUGAAACGAGUCCUCAAAGAGCUGUGGAAAAUCGUGCUGAACACCAUCGAGAGGACCAUCGUGCUCCCUCCGCUGAAUGACCAGAGUGUGACUCAGAUGAUCUUCAGUGCUGCCAAGGACUUGGGCCAGCUGUCAAAACUGAAGGAGCAUGUAACUCGAGAGGAAGCCAGGAGUCUGACUCCACGCCAGUGUGCAGCCUUGGACCUUGUGCUUCCUACCAUCAAGCAAUAUUUCCAUGCUGGAGGAAACGGGUUGAAGAAAACGUUCCUCGAAAAGAGCCCUGACAUGAAGUCCCUCAAAUAUGCUCUCAGCCUUUACACUCAACCUACAGAUGCCUUGAUCAAGAAAUAUAUAUGCACCCAAACCUCACAAGGUCAGUCAUCCAACGGAUCGGUGGGGGAGGUGUCGAUGCAAGUGAAUCUCGUCUCUCACCCUGGCACUGGGGAGCACAAAGUCAGCGUGAAGGUUGUUGGCGUGGACAACCUCAUCUGGCAGACCAACGCCAUGUUCCGUCCAUUUGUGGAGGUCAACGCCGUGGGACCACACCUGGCUGACAAGAAGCGCAAAUUCAGCACCAAGACCAAGAAUAACAAUUGGUCACCAAAGUACAAUGAAACAUUCCAGUAUGUUCUGAGUAAUGAACACGGUCCGGAGUACUACGAGCUGCACGUUUCAGUGAAGGACUACUGCUUCGCCCGCGAGGACCGCAUCAUCGGCAUGACGGUCAUCCAGCUCCGAGAGCUGGCGGACAAGGGCAGCUGCUCAGCCGGCUACCCCCUGAUGAAAAGCAUCUCAAUGGACGAAACGGGUCUCACCAUCAUGAGGAUACUCUCUCAAAGGACCAACGACGAGGUGGCCAAAGAGUUUGUGCGUCUCAAGACGGACACACGCUCGGCGGAGGAAGUGUCGUAA